CGCUUUGUCAUUCGACGAGACCCAGGUUUUUUUYCCCAUUCCAACACACAGACCAGUUGCAACAAAUACCGCAAUCAUGAGCAAUCCUUUCGACCAAUUCGCGGUGGAUGUCCAAGCUGCACUGCCCUCUGCUGCUCCCGGGGCUCCUCCGGCCGGUGAUCCCGGAAAUCCUUUCGCAUCGGUAUUUGCCGACGCCCCCGCCCCGGCYCCCGCUCCCACCGAAAGCAAGCCGGUCAUGAAUACCUUCCAGCCACCACCACAACAACCACCGAUGGGGGGAAUGAUGAUGGGACAACCCCCAAUGAUGGGUGGCAUGAAUGGCUUUGGAGCCCCUCCACAGCAACAGGCGCCUCCGCCAAUGGGUUCCAUGAUGGCUCCCGAUCCACAGGCCAAUCCCAUGGGCAUGUACGGCCAACCGCCUGCCGCUCCUCCCCAGCAGCAACCGCCCGCUGCCAGCUUUGGGGCUCCCGCUCCUCCGGCACCCGCCGCAGCGGCCGACCCGUUCGCCGCAUACGGGGCACCGCCGCCGGCCCAGGCUCCCGGAAUGCCUACCGCUGCUCCUCCCCUGCCCCCGGCAUCUCCCAACCCCUACGGGGCCCCUCCUCCCGCCGCUCCCAUGGGAAUGCCCYCGACCGUUCCUCCCAGCCCGACUCCCAAUCCGUACGGGGCCCCACCUCCGAUGAUGCCRGCUGCCCCCCCACCGGCCCAGUCGCCCAACCCCUACGGUGGACCACCCCCCGCCGCGAGCGAUCCCUUUGGCGCCGCUCCCGCCGCGCCCGGGAAACCCUUCGGGGACCUUUCCGCUCCUCCUGCCGGGAUGCCCCCGCAGCAGCCACCGCAACAGCCCCCGCAGCAACCGCAGUACGGUGAUCCCUUUGGUGCMCCGCAGCAACCACCGCCUCCGGCGGAUCCGGGAAUGGGAGCACUGGUCCUUUCGAACCAACAGAGCAAUCCGUACGCCCAAGCGCUCCCCCCGCAACAGCAACAACAAGCGAUGUACCCUCCGCAGCAGCAGCAGCAGAUGGUACCGGCACCGGCCGCCGAUCCUUUUUCGGUGUUCGAGAGCGCACCGGCACCGCCCCCGGCGGCCCCGGUCCCACCUCCUGCCGCCAGCAACGCGCUGGUUCCGGCCCAGGGCCCGGCGCCGGCCCCGUCCGAUGGCGAUUUGUGGGGCGACAUGGGCUUCGAUGCACCGACUCCCCAAGCCGCCCCCGCCCACCAAGAGGAGAAAAAAGAGGGCGACCUCCCCGCCGGUGGAGAAUACUACGAYGCCCGUAUUUUUACUCCCACGCUCGGUGUCAUGUUCUUCAAGCCACAGGAACUCACCGAUUCGCUCUUUUUGAACACGGACAGGAGCAUCGUCGAUGGCUUGGCCGAACGCCCCGUUGUAGCCUUUAUCGUGGAAGGCUCCUCGGCUCGAUCUGCCGGUGUCGAGUUGGGACACGUUCUCUUGAAGGUGAACGGGGUCGACGUGAAAAAUCCGAAGGAGGCUUCCCGGCUCAUCAAGGAGGGACCCCGCCCCUUGCCUCUCUUGUUUUACGUCCCCAACACGGACGUUGUCGUCGCCGAAGGAGAGCACAUGGUCAAAUACGACACAAAGGAAACAACGGCGCCCAACUCUUCCAAGGACUGGAAACCAAAGUACGUUGUCAUUGGKGGAAUCAUUGCCCAACCGUGGAUGAUGAACAUGUACCGAAGCAAAUCCGAGUACGACAUUGCCGUCAUUGAGACCCAGGCCAGGCGUCCCGUGAGCGUCAAGGUCAAGCAGUUCUCCCUACAGGGGGCUCGGAUCCAAAACGACUGGCAGGGACCGCAAAUGGUCAAGUACAAGAACAAGCUGCACCCCUGGAAGUACAUUGUGGUGUUGCCGGUGGCCCGCAAUCCCAUCAAGAUUUCGUCGCCCAACCUCGCCCAGCUGAAACCCGUCCACGAAGGAAUUCGGCGGGUGCUCCUGGCGCAGCAGCGUUCCGGCGGUCGCAGCAGCGGCGGACGCCCCGGCCGUCCGGCCAACAGCAGCCGAAACAACAGCUCGAGUCAACGCCACGAUUCGUACAACCAGCGUCCUCCCCCCCAACGGCAGCAGCAGCAGCAGCAGCAGCAGCAGCAGCAGCAGCAGCAGCAGCAGCAGCAGUACCCACCCCAGCAGCAAUACCCGCCCCAGCAGCAAUACCCGCCCCAGCAGCAAUAUCCUCCCCAGCAGCAAUACCCACCCCAGCAGCAAUAUCCUCCUCAGCAGCAAUAUCCUCCCCAGCAACAACCGCAAGCCGGAGGAUAUCCCGGAUACGGAUACUAAACAAAGGAACACUGCGGUUGGCAUCGAGAGCACGGACUCCAUACACGAGAGCGCGAAUUUUCACUGCAGGGAACCAUUUUCUUUUGCCACCAUUCGGUGCUUGUCGUCUGUUCCUUGCUUUCGUAGUUUUGCCACACAGCAACACACCACGCCAAACGGCACGGCACGUCACUCACUCACUCACACCUACAGCGUCGACUCUAUCGGAUUAUGUCGCGUUGCACACUAUUUAUUUUCUCGCACUGCAUACAAAUCUUGCAUCAUAUAUUUCUAGUUGGUAGUAGCUAUCGCCUACUGUAUCCUCGCGGUAACCAUAAAAAAGUAAAUUAAAGAAUAURUU